CGCAGGUCCGUGUGCUGCUCGGCCGCGGACCCACGAGCCCGAGACGUCAUGGAGCCGCGCGGGCUGGGGCAGGUCGUGCUGCUCGGGCUGCUGGCGCUGGCGGCGCGGGCCUCGGGUGACGACGCCGCGGAGAGCCUGGGGCUGUGGCCCAUGCCGCUGUCGGUGCAGCUGUCCCCGAAACAGCUCUACCUCUCCCCCGAGAACUUCUACAUCGGCCACGACCCCUAUUCCAAGGCCGACCCCGGCUGCAGCCUCCUGCAGGAAGCGUUUCGGCGAUAUUAUGAGUAUAUUUUUGGUUACAACAAGUGGAAUCAUGGUCCAGCUAAAUUUUAUAAUGAAACGCAGUUACAGCAACUUGUGGUCUCAGUUGUCCUUGACUCAGAGUGCAACAGUUUCCCCAAUAUUUCUUCAGAUGAGUCCUAUACUUUAAAUGUGAAAGGACCCGUGGCUGUCCUCAAGGCCAACAGAGUUUGGGGAGUAUUACGAGGUUUAGAGACCUUUAGCCAGUUAAUUUAUCAAGAUACUUAUGGGACUUUCAUCAUCAAUGAAUCCAGCAUUACUGAUUCUCCAAGGUUUCCUCAUAGAGGAGUUUUAAUCGAUACAGCGAGACACUAUCUGCCAGUUCAAACUAUUCUAAAAACUCUGGAUGCCAUGGCUUUUAAUAAGUUUAAUGUCCUCCACUGGCACAUAGUUGAUGACCAGUCUUUCCCUUUCGAGAGCAUCACUUUUCCAGAGUUAAGCAAAAAGGGAAGCUAUUCCUUGUCUCAUGUGUAUACACCACGUGAUGUCCGUAAGGUGAUUGAAUAUGCCCGACUACGUGGGAUUCGAGUCAUACCAGAAUUUGAUUCACCUGGACAUACACAGUCCUGGGGGAAAGGUCAAAAAGGCCUCCUUACUCCAUGCUAUAAUGCAAAGACACCAUCUGGGAUGUUUGGACCUGUAAACCCUAUUCUGAAUUCAACUUAUACCUUCAUGUCUAAAUUUUUGGAAGAAAUUAGUAAGGUGUUUCCAGAUCAGUACAUUCAUUUGGGAGGAGAUGAAGUGGAUUUUAAAUGUUGGGCAUCUAAUCCAGAAAUCCAAAAGUUCAUGGAACACAGUGGCUUUCAAAAAGAUUUUAGAAAACUGGAAUCUUUCUAUGUUGAAAAGAUCCUGAAAAUGGUUUCAACCAAAAACAGGAGAUCCGUCAUCUGGCAAGAGGUUUUUGAUAAUAGUGUGAAGCUUCCUCCUGGCACCACAAUUCAAGUAUGGAUCCCCAACAAUUAUGCCACAGAACAGUCAGUCAUCACGGCAGCUGGCUUCCCAGUGAUCCUUUCUGCUCCUUGGUAUUUAGACUUGAUUAGUUACGGAGAAGAUUGGAGAAAAUACUAUCAAGUGAAACCUCUUAAUUUUCCUGGUUCUCCGCAGCAGAAAAGACUCGUCCUUGGUGGAGAAGCGUGUCUCUGGGGAGAAUAUGUGGAUGUAACGAAUUUCAUGCCAAGACUAUGGCCUCGAGCAAGUGCAGUUGGUGAGCGACUCUGGAGUCAAGGAAAUGUCACAGAUCUAAGCAGUGCCUACAGGAGACUAACCAUUCACCGCUGCAGGAUGGUCAGACGUGGAAUAGCCGCACAGCCCCUUUUCACCGGCCACUGUAGCCCCGAGUUCACCAAGUGAAGACGAGGGGAAAGCCCACAGCAAUCUGUG